CUGAAAUAGACCGAAUAUAUGGCGACAUUUAAACGCAAAGGCUACAAUUCAAGAACGGCAUGUGAUCGAUGUUAUGAGCUAAAAGAGCGAUGCGCCCGCUCGGCUAUUGACCUUGCCUGCGCAAGAUGUGACCGAUUAAGGCUUGUUUGCUCCAUUGUUCGCCCUAUACGGCCGGCUGGUCGCAGGCCAAACAAUUGGAAUAAUUCCGUCAAUGCUACCGCGUCAUCCGAGUCAAGCAUAUAUGGAACAAAUAAGGAGCAUCAAAUGGACAUUGAUUCAUGGUUUCAUAACGGAAUCAGCGUCGACUCCAGGGAAAGACAACUGUUGCGGUUCCUCUUAAGUGAGCCCAAAAAUUUCGGCCACCACCUCGUGAGCCCUACUUUUGAACCUACCGAGCAUGGAUCGCUUGUUGCUCUUCUUCCCACAGCCAUGCCGUUCCUGAAAGACGCGCUUCUAUCCUAUGCAAGUGGGUUGAAGUUUGCUCAGACAAGUGUGGCGGCAGAUACAUAUAUAGAUGCUAGCCAUCGCUACGCGUCAUCUGCUAUCGAAACAUUGCGAUCGUUAAAUGUUACCAGUGUACAAGAGGCAACAUUAUGCCUUACCCUCGGGAAAACUUUAGUUCUAGCAGUGUAUUCCUUGAUAGGGGUCGGCGCUGCUGAAAUUUGUCAAUACUGCCUGAACGCCACAACGGCAUUUACAAAUGUCGCCAUAUCAUGGGACGAAGACCUAGCAUCGCAGCAUAGCUUCCUUAUACUUAUGGAAACUAUGGAUUGCUUGGUUCAUUGCCGAAAGCCUGCGCAGAGAUUUCCACCACGACACAUCGGAAGUAUAGACCGCCAUCUUGGACUUUGUUUGUCCUUGUUACCUUGCUACUAUGAUUUAUGUGUCAUCAGCCAUUCAAUGGUUGAUAAUACUGAAACAGCAUCCCUUGUUUACCUUUACAAAAAGCUUGAUGAAGUACGAGUUGCCGUGGAAACAUGGCAACCGCCACCCCUGGGAGAUAUAACCUAUCAGGUCAAAACAGUAGACAUGGUUAAUCUCCUUGCCCAAGCAAGAGUAUAUCGACUAGCGGCGUUGCUAAUCAUUCAUCGGCUACAAUACCCAUUUGGCCAGCAAGAUUGCCAGGCAAAUAUCUGGUCAAAUGAGAUCAUGAAAGAAUUUGAACUCGCGGACUGGGCUACCAAACAAACCACUCGCUGUGUAACAAUGCCAUAUAUUGUCGCGGCAAUAGAAAUUCAGGACUUUGGCUCACGACUCAAGGCGCUGGAGAACGUGGACAAGUAUGUCGACAAAUUUACCCCAACGGUUCAACGAGCCGCAAGGCGAUUUCUUUCUCGGAUUUGGCUAGAGAGAGACAACAAGAUAACCUAUUUUUGGUUUCAGUCAGUUUCUAAACCUUGCCCUAUUCUACAAUCUUUCGAGUUCUAGAUAUUGUGAUGACAACUCUCAGUAGUAUGGCGUAUCACGAUGAAGGUAUCAGUGAUUUGUGGGACUCUACCCUAGGCUGUUUAGCAUAGACCGAACUAAUACAACAAAGAUUCAAAAGAGUGUAAUUCUGG